CAUCCACCACCACGUCGAAUCGCCAAGCAAAACCUCGUGAUCACGGUUCGAAGCAAGGAAGCUCACCAUCCGUCUGCCUCGAUCAAAGCCCAGCGUUGGGAAUACUCGUAUUCUCCUUGGCGGAUCUCACAUUGGCUUUGCGCGCACACAAGUGGUAGAGGAGGCCCCCACGCACCUCCACAUUACCGUGGAGCCUGUCCUUCCAGACCGGAGAGCAUCCGGCCCAGCAACAGCAUCAUCAGCAUCAACAGCAGCUGUGGAAAACUCAUCUCAUAUCAUCUACGCUGUCAAUUUUGCCGAGUCGUCGACAUGGCUUAUCGCAUCGAAUACGCCAAGAGCGCUAGAGCGGCAUGUAAAGGUCCGAAGCCUUGCGCAGGUACCAAGAUUGGCAAAGGGGAGAUGCGCUGGGGUACCGUCGUAGAGAUUCAAGGUCAUACUGGCUUUCAAUGGCGACAUUGGGGAUGUGUGACGGGAAGAAUCAUCACCAAUGCCAAGAAGUCCCUGCCCGAGCCAGAGGAUCUGGACGGCAUAGAAGAGCUUGAGGAGUGGGACCAAGAGAGGAUCAGAAAGGCUUGGGCAGAGGGCCAUGUGGCAGAGGAAGACAUCCCAGAGUCUGCAAAGCAGCCCAAAGAUGAAGAUGGAGACGAGGACGAGGAGGCGGAUGCCGGAGGAGGGACUCAGCCGUCUGCCAACGGAGAUACGCCAAAGAAGUCCAAGGCGAAAGCCGGCAACGCUCGAGGGUCGAGCACAAAGCAGGACGACCUAGUGGAGAACAGAUCCAGAGUCAAAGCUGCUGCGUCCAAGCGCAAGAGCAAGGCUGAGGGCAAGGGCGCCAAAGGGCGAAGGAAGAAGAAAGAUGAGAGCGAGGAGGAGGCGGAGGACGAUGAAGAAGAAGAGGCAGAGCCGGAGGAUGAUGAAGAGGACGACGAUGGGGAAGAGGAGUUUCAGGGCGACGAGACGGACGAUUCGGAUCCGGACGGCUAUCGGCCGAACACGAAAGCAAAGAAGGGUCGCAUCGCUAGCUCUAGCAAAAAGGGAAGAGCCUCUGCUCAAGCGACUCGCUCCUCAGGUCGGGCUGCGGCGUCAGCCAAGAAGAGUUAUGCCGAGGAUGAAGAGGAGGACGAGGAAGAGUUUGAUGAGCCUGAGCUGGUACCGAAGAAGGCAAGCAAGAGCUCGCGCGCCUCGAGAGGAAGCGCGGCGAAGGCCAAGCCAGAGCCCGUCGACGAAGAGAAUCAGGUGGAUUCAAAGCCCGUGAAGAAGAAGCGCGGCAGACCCUCAAAGGAAGCUUCUGAUGCGCCUCUAGCGAAGCCCGAGCCCGAUGCUGACGGCAAUAACCACCUCAAUGCGGGGCAGACCGAAGACAAACAUGUCAAGAAGAAGCGAGGAAGACCUUCCAAAAGCGUCAAGAAGGAAUCGGCCGCAAUCAAGCCAGAUCCCGAAAGUGACGAGUGAUGACGAGAGCGUAAUCUUUCGCCGAAGAGCGUGCAAAAUCUAUACCUAUGACCAGCGAAUCAGCUGCACAUUUCAUGCUUGCAAUCGUCAGCAACACAAUCCGGACGUCGCUCGGCACUUUGCGGCGAGAGGCCCGAGGAAGGUCGAUGAGCGCGCGAGGACGGAAUCUUGUACUUUUAGCUUUUGGCCCAGUUGCACAGAUAAGUGCGCUACCGAAGCAGCAUCCAGCAUCGGGUUGGCCGAUUCUAGACCUUCGAUUGGUGUAUCUCUAUAUUUCUGGCAGCGAGCGCAUGGGACCCGUGCAAUUUACACUCAGUGAAGGAGUUCGGGGCC